AAUCGUAAUUAUCACAAUCAACUCAUUCAGUUGUUGUAAUUUCUGUAAUCUUGUUAUUGAUAAAUCGUCAGUCAACUGGUUUGUCGGAUUUAUAAUUUGAUUCUCUGAUUGUGAAAUGUGAAUGGAAGUGACAAAUUAAAAGAUCGAUAAAUUAACCAAAAAAUCAUCAUGGUUGUUUCUGAGAACAACAAAUCACCUUCUCACUUGAUCAAUCUAUUUAAUCAUCACCAUUCAACGAUAUCUUCAUCUUCAUCAUCUUCAACCACCUCACCAUCAUCAUUAACAGUUCCUCGUUCAAAUGAUUCCAGUUUAUUUAAUAACAAUAAUUGUAUCGGGAGAAAAGUUCUCGGUGUUAUAUUGAUCGAUGAAAGGAUGUUAAUCCGUCACAUUUUCGGUGGUCCAGUUAACAGUGGUCACUCAUUUUCAUCACCAAAUGAUCUGAUUGAUUUGGAGUACAAAAAUUAUCUUCUCUUAGGAUCUAUCGUAGUGGACAGAGAGAUGAUGUCCAUUGAUGAACUGCGAAGAUUAAUUUCUGAUCAAAUAGCAAAUCUACCCAAAAGUUAUGCUUUCUUCAGUAAAGAAGGUUGGCCAUUAACUAAAUCACAAGAAACCCAAUUGAAAUUAUGUAACCUGAUAAACAAGAGGAGUCUUGUUUGCAUAAGAAAAGUUUAUGAUAAGCCAAGAAUUGGUGUUCUUACUGAUUCUAAUGAAUAUCUUGGUUCAUUGUUUACCACUUACGAUUGUACAUUAAGUGACCUACGAAGAGCCCUGGACGAUGUACUUCGAGAUUCUGAGAGUAACAUUUCCAAUAAUCAUAAUAAAUUAUCCAAACUGAUUGAUUAUCGUUUUAUUGACCGUAAUGAAUGGCCUGUCCUGCGAUCUCAUGAAGACCAGUUAACACUUUUAGACGUUCUGGUUAAAAAUGUUCACAUUCGACCAAAUUUAAGUAGCUCAUUUUCAUCCUCGUGUCCAGCGAUUAAAGAAGCUCGAGAAGGGACAAAUAUGAUCCUUGAUGGCGAUGGAAAAUCAACUCAUAAGCAGAUCACGACGACUCCUUCGUCCACCGAGGAUCGUAUGGAUGGAUGGAAGGUGGAUACAUGGCGGAGAAGUUCAAAAAAACGAAACAUCAUACGGCGAACAACGUUCCGACGAAAUCGACCUAUGGUCGAGGUUAAGGCCAGUAAGAAAAACAAGACCACGGGUAAAACGAUAAUGAUCAGUUAUUGUCGGCAAGAAGCUUAUCAAUAUGCGAUUGACCUGAAAGCGGAAUUAGUUUCUAACGGGUAUUCAGUUUACUUGGAUAAAGAUGAGAUACGAACGGGAACCGAUUGGGCUGACGAUCUAAACGAAGCGGUAAAAAACUGUGAAGUUUUCAUUCCCUUGAUAACACAACUUUACGGUCGAACCCAGUGGACCAACCGUGAGGUCAAAUUAGCCGAUCUUUUGAAUAAGAAGAUCAUUCCGAUCAAUUUUCUUGACCAUUGGCCACCUGAAUGUUUGGCCAUACAAUUUGCGACCAUGCAAUGUAAACCCUGGAGACCGGUUGAUGUUGAUUUCACGCUGGCACAAAACGGAAUGGAGAAUGAUAAAAUGUUCUGGCCUCGACCUUGGUUAAAAGCUCUGGUCAAGGAGAUUUGUAAAGAGAUACCAAGAGACACCGAGUCAACCAGUUUACCAAGCGAACCCACUGACACCAAAUUGAUCGCCAUCUCUGCCCACCCCACCCAAGCCAAUCUGGUGAAUAAGAUAAAAACUUACCUUGAACAACACGAUCUACACAUUUGGACUUCCAUUGAAAUAGCGGAAGAAUGUGACCUUACCCCGAUGACACCUUCGUGUUUACCAACAAUCGAAGAAGGUGUCAACGAGUGUAGUUUCAAUGAAGCUCGAUGGACCCACGAUACUCACGGUGGACGUAACAAGAGGCCAGUUUCCCUUCCCGUCGAUCCCAACAUUGAUUUUGCUCAUAAAAAGAAACCCGUUCAACGACAAACCUCAACCGUCUCUACUUUGGCCACAAUUGGACCCGAAAAGUUGGAAAAGUUUAAAGAAUUUCACUCAAAGGUUCGAAACGCCGGUGCGGUCAUCAUAAUAGCCUCAAAAGCUUAUUUCAAUUCGAAAACUUCUCAGCAACAUGUUUACUAUUGUGAACAACGAAAACCAAUGAUUCUGGUUCGAGCUGAGGACGUUUCGCCUCCUCCAUGGUUUAGUAAUUUUCGAGGAGAUGAACUUCCAUUGGAUGUCGAUAAUCCUUGUUUUCUAGAUGUACUUAAAGGACGAAUCAAUCGGAUUCUUGACCCUUGCGCUAAAACCGAUGCAUGGGAACUUCAAGAGGCCAAAAUUCAAUAUCUUCUCAAUUAUAUGAAGAAAAAUUUACCUGAUUUAGAUACCUGUGUAUAUAUUAUCGGCUCUACGAGUGUUACCUGUCCGCGAACUGAGUCAAUCUGUAAAGCGGUCGGUAAAGAAUUGACCAAAGUAGAUGGACUAACGGUGGUCACUUGCGGCUUUUACGGGGCAAGUCACUUGUUGGCCCAAUCGUUUUUCGACGAAAAAGGAAAACGAGACGCACCUCGAAAUCGCAAAGCUUAUACUAAUCAAUUCCAAUCAUCAGUUGUCCAUGUUUUACCUUUAAAAGAUUCUUGUGAUUUUAGUAAACAAAGUAAACAACUUGACGAUGGAUCAUUUGAAUCACUUUCCUAUGGAGAAACUUUAUUUUUAGGUGAAUCAAUGAAGGAAAGAGACACCGCAAUCGCCCGACUAUUGGAUACCUGUAUUCUGAUUGAGGGUGGACCGGAAGCAGCUCAUGAAGCUCAAGAGUUUAUCUGGAAUGAUCAUUACGUCAUACCGAUUAGUAGUACAGGAGGUGCAGCAUCCGGUAAAUAUUUCACACCGAGGAAAGUGUUUGACAAGCCUCAUGUUGUCGAUCAAGGUGAUUGGAAAAUGUUGGAAGAUAUCGAUGCAACUCCCGAAGAAGUGGCUCAAACAACCGUUCAGAUCAUCAUGAAGAUCAAAGAAUCAAUUUCGCUUCAACGACAAGUUCAAAAUGCUACGAAAACCAAAGCAAAAGGAAGAUCAUUUAGACGAACAAUUAAUAAAACGGAAAAGGUUGAAAACGAUGCUACCUUAAUUAGUAAAAAGAUAAUCGCUAAUGAAGAGGAAACAUCGAAAAAAGUUUUACCGGUUAAGACAAAUUUAUCUAUGGAAAAGGAGAAAAGUCGAUGGAGUAAAUUUUCCAAUUUUAUCAGUUUCGCUUCUCAAAGAUGUUGAUUGAGGAAGAAUCAACAAUUCUGAGGACAAUUAGUUGAUAAAUUGAUUGGAAAAUCAAUUGAUUUUCUUGGUAUAUCAGUUACUUUCUCUCUCUCUUUCUUUUCCAGACAAAUGGAGACUGGAAAUUAUUCUGAUUGAAUUGAGUUAAUCAAAAAUCAAUUUCAAAUUUAUAAACCAUCUUGAUAAUCCAAUUAUAUUUUCAUUCAUGUUAACAAUCAACUUAAUCACAAUUGUUAAUCAGUUGAAAAGAUCAUUCAACGAUCUGAUGUGUUCACUUGAAAUUAACCCUCAAGCCUGGAAAAUUGUAAUCAGAUAAAUUGUAAAUUUGAUUAACUACUUUACAAAUUGAUUCCCCAUUGUAAAAGCCUCUAUUUUUAACAAAGAGAAAAAGUAGAAAUUUAAACAAUUAGUUGUAAUUAAAUGUUAUAAAUGAAAAUUAGAAGAAAAAAAAAUCUAA